GGCGCAGCAGUGUGUACUCUGUGGUCGUGGACGUGGUGAUUCGUGUUUCUAGUGUCAAAGUUGACUACAAUUCCCAAUAAAUCCCAACAGUUCUGCAAUUCUCUCUCAUUUUUUAUUUUCCACUCUAAUUUGCACUCCCGGGACAAAAUUUUUCUCUCGGAUGUAGAGUUUCUCAGACUUUAAAUUGUCACUUUGAGGAAACUUUGAGCGAGCAUCCGUCCAACUGUCAUAAAUACAAGUUUCAAGCAUAAAUGUUGAAAGCGUAAAUAUUAAAUGUACAAACAUUCUAUAUAGGUUGUGCGAUCUAUGCUCGGUGGGCCGACUAGUCGAGAUAAGUGAUCGUCGCGAGCACAUACGGGCAAUUGUGGAUUUGACAAUAAUCGUCGACGCUCUUCUACCUGAGGAGAUCCUCCAGCCUCUCCCUCCGAUCAAAGCUCAAAGUCACAAUGGCUAACCGGGGUACAGCCCAAAGGCCAAACGGCACACAAGGAAAAAUUUGCCAGUUUAAGUUGGUUUUACUUGGUGAAUCUGCCGUGGGAAAGUCUAGCCUUGUUUUGAGGUUCGUCAAGGGUCAGUUCCACGAAUACCAAGAAAGUACAAUAGGUGCUGCAUUUCUAACACAAACUGUCUGUUUGGAUGACACGACUGUAAAAUUUGAGAUUUGGGAUACAGCUGGGCAAGAACGUUACCACAGUCUUGCACCCAUGUAUUAUCGUGGAGCGCAAGCAGCAAUUGUGGUAUAUGACAUAACAAAUCAGGACACAUUCGUACGUGCCACAACGUGGGUAAAGGAAUUGCAACGGCAAGCCAGUCCAAGUAUAGUAAUAGCAUUAGCAGGGAAUAAAGCGGACCUUGCGAAUAAGCGAGCAGUGGAAUUCGACGAAGCUCAAGCUUACGCAGAGGAAAAUGGACUCCUUUUCAUGGAAACAUCGGCCAAGACGGCGAUGAAUGUCAACGAUAUUUUCCUAGCUAUUGCUAAAAAACUUCCAAAGAGUGAGCAAACAGGAAAUGCAAGUACAAGUGGACAAGGGCGCCGACUAGUCGAAACAGAAGGGCAGAAAGCAACUACCAGCAAUUGCUGCAAGUGAUUAAUCAAAUCCGUAUGUACCAUAUUCCACAAAAGUAAAUACACCGUAAAUGUGACCACAUUGACUUUAAAUGGAAGUUACACGAAGGAAAGCUACUGCGAUGAGUGGAAGGUGAUCUGUGCAUCAUGAACAUUUGUUUGAGUGAAUGAGGAGAAAAUGAAUGUGUCGUAAUGCAUUCGACGAUAUAUCACCUAUUUUGAGAGAAAAAGAAGAAAAAAAAAGAAAGGAGCAAGACCAGGUCUGUUAUUCGGCGGAUUUGUAAUU